AUGCAUUUGUGUAAAGAGAUUGAAAAGAAAGUGUUGAACAUAUUAUUAAAAAUAAAACCUAAAUACCUAAAUAAAAUGCCUAAACAAGAAUUUGAUGCUAUUGAUAUGAUGGGACCGGUUGUAGCAGCACUAAUCUUUGCAGUCGUCGUUUUUUUAAUUUCUUUUACAAUAAUCAAUUGGUAUUGUAUCACAAAAAAGGACGAUUUGACUGUUUUUGAAAAGAUGGGCGCAAAAAUCAACGUUCGUUUGGGACCUCAUACAAUGAUGCAAAUUAAAAGAGGAGGUUAUGUCAGUACCUACGCUAGAGAGGAAGAAGAACAACACAGAAAAAUGACCUUAUCUAUAGACAAACAACAAGCAGAACGUUUACUAAAAAAUAAUGAAAAUAAUAUGGCUGAUGGUGAAGCUAUUAAACAUUAG